AACUCUGUAGUUAUCUCUAACCACAACAAUAACCAAACCUUCUUAACCCCAAACCAUUUAAUCAAUAAACUGAACCAGUCCAGACAGCAAUAAUUAAAAACGGGUACCUUUAUAUCGAAUAGGUUUAUAAACCGGUUUCCCUCCAAAUCCCAAAUCGAAGUGACUGAACCCUAGCUCCCACCUCGCAAAUCGAUUUCACCAUUUUUUUCACACUCUUUCUCCAGCGUUCUUUCUCUGUGCGCAAUCCCUUCACACUUCACGCUCUAACGGAUCAAUAGCGCUUUCUCAUUAUCAUUUACCUAAAGAAUGAGCAGUUCUGGAGACAGCUCCCCCGAUUGGUUGCGUUCUUUUCAGGUACCCACUCCUGAUUCGCCGGUGGCACUGUCAUCUGAUUCCGAGCCUUUACGUGAUAGUGGUGGCUUUUCAGAUGAGGAUAGAAAAAGUCUUCAAAUAGAUGAUCAAACACCAUCCAGAGGGAAGAAAAUGGAUACGCAGAAGGAGAAAAAUGGAAAGAGGGAGGAUAAGAAGAUCAAGCUUGACUCUGACACUGACAACGAAACCAAGCACAGAGAACCCAUUCGUUCACUGUGGGAACUGUCAUCAGAUUCCGAGUCAUACCGUGAUCAUAUUCCAAAAACUGAAGAUGAUAUUGAUCAGGUGGAAACUUCUAAGCCCCAAAUAUCUCCACCUCCUAGUGAAGUAGAAUGUAGGGAUGGACUUCCUGACAAAGAUGGAAAGUCUCCAUCCAAAAAGGUUUCAAAAGCAAAGACGGCACAAAAACAAAUAAUGGUAGAAGGCUGUACACCAGUAAAAGGGAAGAAAACAAAGGUUAAUGUAAAUGGGAAAGGUGAUGAUGGAGAUGUAGAGGUUAAAGAGGAAGAAACUGUUGAAAAGCAUGUUGGACCAAAUGUUUCCUCCUCAAUGUUGCCUUUGAUGCUUUCUGAGAAAGUUCACCGUACAAAGGCUCUUAUUGAGUGUCAAGGUGACUCCAUAGAUUUGAGUGGUGAUAUGGGAGCUGUAGGGCGGAUUAUCAUCUCAGAUUCCCUUUCUGGGGAUCCGGAAAUGGGCUUAGAUUUGAAAGGAACAGUCUACAAAACAUCUAUAGUUCCUUGCCGGACGUUUUGCGUUGUAAGCUUUGGGCAGUCGGAGGCAAAGAUAGAGGCCAUCAUGAAUGACUUCGUACAGCUGAAUCCACCGUCUGAUGUUUAUGAAGCCGAAACUAUGGUUGAAGGGACAUUGGAUGGUUUUUCCUUUGAUUCUGAUGAGGAAGCUGGCAAGAAUCAGAAAGCCACCCACCCAUCUGAUCAAAACGAGCACGCCGAGGAACACACACCUGGUAAAUCUAAACGGAAGGCAGACAAAACAUCAGGUACUGAAAAGAAAAGAGGUAGAAGUACCGGCGGAAAAUCACAGUCAAAGAUAUCCAAGAAAAAAGCUCCAAGUUCCAAGAGAGCAAAGACUAAGAAAUGAGUCAAAGAAACAUUCUAUAACUUGUUAUAUAUGCCUUGUACUUGAAUUAAAAAUACAGAUGUUGAAUCAAUUUGCCAACGACAGAGAUGGCAAAUCGGCGAUAGAUCAGUUGUUGUUAGAAUUCUUACCAAACCCUGUGCAGGAGAAUUUAAAGAAUAUAGUCUGCUGGAUGAGUUAUUAUCAAUUUCUUAUCUAUGUUCCUCCUUAUCAGACCUGGUUUAGUAUUUCAAUUUGUUUGUUA